GUCCUUCUUAUGCGAGCCAGUCCCACUCCCACCCCUCUUGGCCUCUCCUCAGUCCUCUCUGAAACUGAAGAAAGUUUGAAAUUGAAAGAAAAAGAACCCUAACAACCCACCGCCACCGCAGACCCCACAGCCCCGCAUCGUUGUCAUCGCCGAAUCCUUCUCUCCCUUCUCUCUCUCGGUCGCCCUCUUUGUCUCUCUGUCGCCGCUUCGUCGCUCCUCGUCGUGGGUCGUCGCUGCUUCUCCCUUCCUCCCCUGCGUCGUUUCUGCUUCUCUUCUCCACACCGUGUCUCGCCGUUGUUGCUUCUCUUUUUCGUGUGGUGUCUCUCAGUCGCAGUUUAUCUCCAUGACCAAAUUUUUCAAAAUUUCAACCCUCAGAUAAUGCUUUUGAUUGGAUUGCCAUAAAUCUUCUUCAAUAGUCGCUUUGCCAUUUCUCGCAAGUUGAAAAAUGAAGUUUCUUGAUUGGUACUUGAAGAUUGGGGUCGUUUCGGCUCUGGUUGGGGCUUCUAUGGAGUUGUUCAUGAUCAAAACUGGUUUCUUGGGGGAAGGCUCACGGAGGGACAAAAGACUAUUGGUAGCUCCCAGGACGGCAUGGACUUGGGUUGAGUUGAGAGGGAAGAAUUGGAACAAUGACAAGGUAACUGUUUUGGAGUCAGAAAAGCGAGCCUGGGAGAAUUCCCCCGAGGCUCAGGCAGUUAGAGAUGCUCUCAAUCCUUGGAGACAUGUUGAAGCAGAAAGAACAAAAAGCAUUUGAAGUACCCAUCCAGUCGUGGUUGCAGUAACUCGUCUGCCAGCCAACAAAUUGUGGGCAAACUCUAUUGAUCGCUCCCUUCAAUUUUGUGUUACUGCUAUCAGGCUUUUCAGUCAUGGAUUAAUUCUAUUCAGCUCUUGAUGAUGUUUCGAAAGUUAUAGGUAAUACACUACAACACCAAUCUUAAAUUGUGCACCUAAUUUACCACUGUGACACAAAUCUUCUAAUAUUGUGAAUCUUCUGCAUUUUAUUUGAUGUUAAAUUUUGCCAAUCUUUUCCAAUUUUUU